UAAUUUUUUCUUUCUUUUUGCUCGUUUUUCAUUUUCCACUGGACGUUUUUGCGGAUAAGUGGUCAGAAAUCACUGGAUUUCGUAGUGAAGACACGGAAACAAAAACUUCAACGGAGCUGUCCCAAAAUCUCCAGUUACUCUCUGAAAAAGCCAAGGAAGCGACGGAUUUUAUCCAGUAUAUUAAAAGUGUACCCGAAGAAAUCUCGGACAACUGUGUACAGUUUGAAGCCACUAUCAGUGCCCAGUGUGACCUAUUGAUUGAGGCUAUCUUCGCCAGGAAACAGCAGCUACUGGAGUUCGCCAGGCAGGAACGAGACCACAAGAUCAAGACACUCCGGGACCAGAUAACUUCCUGUACUUCCAAACUCCAACAGACAACAGGACUUCUUCAAUUCUGUAUCGAAGCUUUAAAGGAAACUGACCCCACAGCAUUUCUCCAGGUUGGAGCGGCAUUGGUCAGUAGAGUAGCUGAUGUGGAUAUCCGAUGGAACCAGGAAAUGAUCUUGAAACCAUGGGUCACAUCAGACUUCAACUUCUCCCUGGAUUAUCAGUCCGUUCUUCCUGUUAUUCACUAUAUGACAUUUGCUCAAAUGAAACCCCCAGGUCCUCCAGUUAUCAUCCCAGAAGAAAGCUCGACUGAGAACAACACCAUCACUAUUGCUUGGCAACCUCAAUCACCUAGUUUUGUGGAGUACUACAUUGUUGAAGUGGAAGAAGGUAACAAUGGAUUGUUCAAGGAAGUAUACCGUGGACCUGACACAGUCACAACUGUGAACGGAUUACACUUCAACACCGAGUACAAGACCCGAGUCAAGGCAUUUAACAAUAAAGGGGAAAGUCCUUACAGCAAAGAAAUACAACUAUGUACAGAGGAAGUCGCCUGGUUUACUUUCGACCCGUUAUCAGCUCCUCCGGACAUUCUACUGACUAGUGAGAACCAAACGGUAACAUGUGAUACUUAUGAACACAGGGUGGUUCUUGGGAACGUGGGGUUCUCUCGAGGUAUCCACUACUGGGAGUUUACCGUCGACAAAUAUGGUGGCCACGCUGAUCCUGCCUUUGGUGUUGCUAGAGCAGAUGUCGCUCUGGAUAAAAUGUUAGGAAAGGAUGAGAAAGGAUGGAGUAUGUAUAUUGACCACCAGAGGUCGUGGUUUCUUCAUGCUGAUCACCAUGAGAAUAGGACUGAAGGAGGUGUAGAUGAUGGGGAUGUGGUAGGAGUUCUUCUGGACUUAAACCAUCACCAGCUGCGUUUCUACGUGAACGAUGAACGUCAAGGGCCUGUGGCGUUCUCGGAUCUUUGUGGAGUGUUCUUUCCCGCGGUUAGUGUCAACAGGAAUGUACAAGUUACUGUGCAUACAUCUUUAGACCCGCCCUCUGACGGCGAGCUCGGGAGUGAGACAUCGAAUAACUAAUUCUAUAUGCAAUAUGAUUUAAAUAUUAAGGAAAGAAGAAAACAAAACCGUACUUUAAAUUUUAGACAUUAAAAAUGUAGGAUGACGACCCAGAAAGAAAUUGAGGAAAGAUAAUAUAAAAUAUACUGUUCUUAACUGGAAUCACAAAUAUCUUAAUAGUGAAAAACGACUAUUAAAAUCUUCCCGUGAAUACAA